UCUAAGUAUGCAUGACCCGUGGCUUUGACAGGAAGAAGGUGAAGCCUUAUCGUUUUGUCUAUUAGUAAAAAAAUUAGACGUUUAAAAAAGAAAAAGUCUCCAAAUCCUCUCAACAGAUCAAAAAAGGACUUUUCUGUUGUUAGUCUUCGUCAAACCCAGCUUCCAUGUCUCCUCCGCUCCUCAUCACCUUCGUUGUCUUCUCCGUAGCUAGCUUCCGGUCGUGCUUCUCUGCUGAUCAACAGUAUGAGAUGUGCCUAUCACCUCUGAGAUGCGGAUCUGAACCGUCGGUGUUGUUCCCGAACAUCACUUACCCAUUUUGGGGUAGUAGCAUCGGCAAACCCAGUUUCUGCGGCCAAAAAGAGUUCGAGCUUUCCUGCAAGGAUAAUCAAAAUUUAAGCCUAGAGAUCGAGAACUUCACUUUUCGUGUUGUUGCUGUGAAGCUGGAAAACAAGACAAUCACCGUUGCCGAUGAGAGUUUGUUCGACGGUGGUUGCCCACAGAUUUUCAACUUCACUGGGGCUAUGCAGUUCACAUUUAACCAUAACACAGAGGCAGUCGAUCUAUUCAAUUGUUCCAGUAAUAACCCAGUAACAACUUCGUCAAAGAUUUCUUGCCAACUAAGCAGUAAAAGUCCAAUAACAUAUCAUGUCUUUGGAUCAACUAAUCCUCCUCAAAGUUGUACCAUGGUUGGAGCAAUUCCGAUGCUUGCGUCUGCUAAGAACGUUCUUCACCAGUCGAAUGACUCAGAUCAAGCAUUGAAGAUGGCUUUGGAAAAAGGGUUCGAAUUGAGGUACACUAUAGACGAUAAGACUUGCCGAGACUGUGCCAAUUCCGGUGGGAUUUGUAGUUCGGAGGCGGGAUCGGGAACUUUCCGGUGUCUAUGUGCAGAUGGACCUCACAAGUCCUCGUGUCAGGAUGUCCAAGGCCCCAAUUAUAAAGUAAAAAUAGGAAUCGGGACAGGUGCUGCAGUUUUGGGGUUGGUUUUUGCAUACGUAGGCUGGUUCUACUACAACCAGCGCAUGAAGACGUCGGAUGAUCCAAGACAACAAAAUCUAAAGGCCCUUAUUCCACUAAAACACUAUAGCUAUGCGCAAGUAAAGAGAAUUACAAAGUCAUUUACCCAAGUGGUUGGAAAAGGCGGUUUUGGCACUGUUUAUAGAGGAACCCUUUGUGACGGUCGCAGUGUUGCAGUGAAAAUCUUGAAAGACUCAAAGAGUAAUGGAGAAGACUUCAUCAAUGAAGUUGCGAGCAUGAGCAAAACUUCUCAUGUUAACAUUGUUGAUUUGCUUGGAUUCUGUUCUGAAGGCUCUAAGAGAGCAAUUGUUUAUGAAUAUCUAGAAAAUGGAUCUCUUGAUAAAUUCAUCUCAAACAAGACCCCCGUGGAUAUUGAUUGGAUGACACUUUACAGGAUCGCACUAGGAGUUGCUCGUGGCCUGGAGUAUUUGCAUCACGGCUGCAAAACAAGGAUUGUACAUUUCGACAUAAAACCACAUAAUGUACUCUUAGAUGACAAUCUUUGCCCCAAACUUUCAGACUUUGGCCUUGCUAAGCUUUGUGAGAAGAAAGAGAGCAUCUUGUCAUUGCUGGACACAAGGGGCACAAUAGGGUACAUUGCUCCUGAAUUAUUUUCAAGAAUGUACGGUAGAGUUUCACACAAGUCAGAUGUUUAUAGCUAUGGAAUGUUGGUCCUUGAGAUGAUGGGAGCUAGGAACAAAGAACGAGCUGGUCAAAAUUCUGAAUCAAAUGCAAGUUCAAUGUACUUUCCUGAAUGGAUAUAUAAGGAUCUUGAAAAGGGAGACAGUGGAAAGCAUAACAGGAAUGUAAUUACCAGCGAAGAAGAGGAGAUAGCAAAGAAGAUGACAUUGGUGGGUUUGUGGUGUAUUCAACCUUCCCCAUCAGAUCGCCCGCUGAUGAACAGAGUGGUAGAAAUGAUGGAAGGAAGUGUGGAUUCUCUUGAAGUCCCUCACAGACCUGUUUUCCAAAUUCCCGCAGCACCAUUUCAAGAAACUUCUACGCUGUCAGAGGAUAUAUCGAGUUACAAAGAUGUAUGUUCCAUGGAUGUCGCAUAAAGAACUAUACCUCGUGAAACACAAAAGCAACAGUUAUAUUUAUACAAAAGUAUAAAUAUACCUCGUGAAACACAAAAGCAACAGUUAUAUUUAUACAAAAGUAUAAAUAUACCUCGUGAAACACAAAAGCAACAGUUAUAUUUAUACAAAAGCAACAGUUAUAUU